AACAAGCCAAACCCGCUCUCGUGGUGUGCGUGCCCUUCCACCACCUGUUUCCUUCUUUUUUUUAAUCUAGAAGAAUACAAAAUUUGAUCUUGUAGUCAAGUGCUUUCGAUUUGUCAAAUUUGGAACGAGAGAAAAUCAAACGUGUCGGGCUUUUACUUUCUGAGCUUCCAAACUCUUUAAAUCGAGCCGCCUCAUCACCGAUCCCCCCACAUUACUAAUCUCUUCUCUCCUUCAAUCUCUCUAAAUCUAUAGCCCCUUUUGUCUCUCACACUGCAAUCCGACAUGGGUUCUGAUAAGAAGAUCAAGAUUGGAAUCAAUGGCUUCGGUAGGAUCGGCCGUUUGGUUGCCAGAGUUGCUUUACAAAGAAACGAUGUUGAACUCGUAGCCGUCAAUGAUCCUUUCAUCUCCGCUGAUUAUAUGACAUAUAUGUUCAAGUACGAUAGCGUUCAUGGACACUGGAAGCAUACUGAUGUGAAGGUCAAGGAUUCGAAGACCCUUCUCUUUGGUGAAAAACGGGUCCAUGUUUUUGGCGUCAGGAACCCUGAAGAAAUUCCAUGGGCUGAAACCGGAGCAGAGUACAUUGUGGAGUCUACUGGAGUUUUUACUGAUAAGGAAAAGGCUGCUGCUCACUUGAAGGGUGGGGCUAAGAAGGUGAUCAUCUCAGCUCCAAGUAAGGAUGCCCCAAUGUUUGUUAUGGGCGUUAAUGACAAGGAUUACAAGCCAAAUCUUGACAUUGUCUCCAAUGCUAGCUGCACUACCAACUGUCUUGCUCCCCUUGCCAAGGUUAUUCAUGAUAGAUUUGGCAUUGUUGAGGGUCUCAUGACCACUGUUCACGCCACCACUGCUACUCAGAAGACUGUUGAUGGACCAUCAAACAAGGACUGGAGAGGGGGAAGAGCUGCUUCUGUCAACAUUAUUCCCAGCAGCACUGGAGCUGCCAAGGCAGUUGGAAAGGUUCUGCCUUCACUGAAUGGGAAGCUGACCGGAAUGUCCUUCCGGGUUCCAGUUGUGGAUGUUUCGGUUGUGGACCUCACUGUGAGGCUUGAGAAGGCGGCUACUUACCAGGAAAUCAAAAAUGUUAUCAAGGAGGAGUCAGAGGGCAAACUCAAGGGGAUCUUGGGGUACACUGAAGAUGAUGUUGUCUCCACAGACUUCAUCGGUGACAGCAGAUCAAGCAUCUUCGAUGCCAAGGCUGGGAUUGCUCUGAAUGAUAAAUUUAUGAAGCUUGUUGCUUGGUAUGACAACGAAUGGGGUUACAGCUCGCGCUGUGUCGACCUCAUCGUCCACAUGCAUUCAGUGUGUGCUUAAUGCAAAUCCCUACGAAAUGAAAGCCUAAAGCCAUGUAAUGGUUCUGAUCUUAGAGAAUAAGCGAGAGAGAGUCUCGUGGGUUGUUAUUUGUAAUUCGAUGCUCUGGAAAUGUGACCUUUUUCUGGAUGUUUGGUCAAUCGAGAAUAAUCGUAUUCCAUUUUGAGGUGUUUAAAAUUAUCCGCCACUGCGCCCUUGCGGGUCAAUGUUAGCUAUAUAUAGUCAGUCUUUUGUCCUUUGAA